AUGUCUGUGAGAACUCUCCCUCUGGUUAUCAUUAAUCUUGGUGGAGAGAUGCUUUACAUACUGGACCAACGGCUGCGAGCUCACAACACGUCUGAGGACAAUUCAGAGAAAGUUAUGAACGACAUCGUUGGGACCAUGUUUAGUAAACCCUUUAUGGAUGAACUUCUCAAACCUCAGCAGCUGUAUUCUCACAGGACACUGAAGACAGUGCUAACUCGGUUAGCGCACGCCUCCAUCAUGAGGCUGAACCCGGCCAGCAUGGACAGGCUUUACGAGCUGAUGAUCAUGGCGUUCAAGUAUCAAGUCUUCCUUUGUCCACGGCCAAAAGAUUUGCUGCUCAUCUCUUACAACCACAUAGAUACUAUCAGGGAAUUCGUAAAAGACACUCCUGUGGUCGUGAACCAAGUGGACGAGACACAUAGGAAGAUCAUUGAGGUUUACUCAUCGUUAUCGGAAGGUGAAUUCCAGCUUCUCAGACAAACACUGCUCAUAUUUUUUCAGGACAUGCACGUUCGCGUGUCACUUUUCCUCAAAAAUCAAGUCCAGAAUCCCAACGGACGCUUUGCCCUGCCGCCAUCAGGCCCGGUGCCUCAUGGGAUAGACGUUCCAGGCCUUAUUAGGACGUUUGACAUUAAGGCCAGAGAAGUGAGACGGAGUGAGUUCCCCACAGGAGGAAGUUACACCAGCCCCAUCAGAGAGGGAUCUUUUGAGCUGCACGGAGACAGAGUCAUCAGGCUGGGCAUGAACAUGUACACUGUGAAUCAUCCAGAGGAGACACACACAUCCAAGGCUUCCUCUGUCAAGGUAAUGACAGAUGACACUCCCAACCUGCUGGCCAAAGAGGAGCUGAACCUGCUGGCUCGUCUGAUGGGCAGCAUGAAGUCCGAGGACUUGCCCAAAGCUGAAACUGGCUUUCGGAUCAAUCUGUUUACUACAGACCAAGAGGAGGAGGAGGCGGGAGCUUCAGGUGGAGCUGAGGAGUCCUUGUUUGGAGUGAUAAAUAUUCAAGCGAUGCAGGAUGAACAGGCUGCAACGGAGCUGGCCCGAAUUGCCGGACAGUUCGCGGAGGAGCAACCUGAAAACGCCAGCAGCAACAAAGGAGACGACCUGCUGGCCAUGAUGGACGACCUCUGA